CCCUCCACACCCUCCCUUUAUAUUCCUCCUCUCACCCAACACCAUAAUCACCUUGUCGGUUCUCUUUUUUCUUCUUCUUCUUCUUCCUCUUCCAAAAUUUCAACCUUUAUUCACAAUCCUUCAUUCAAUCCAAAACCCCAUCAAUAACACAGCAUGAAACACCAUCAACACCAACACCAACACCAAAUCUUCCAAAGAAGCUCAAGUGCAUGCACAGCCACAACACGAAACACCCGAAGAAUCCUACCUUCCACACUGUCUCACUCCCGCGCCUUCGAAUCCGAUGAUGUUUCCGACAAACUCCUCGUGCGACGAGGAUCAUCACCUUCGGUCUCUACCUUGUACCAUCAGCAGCAGCAGCAGCAGCAACAACAACAGGGGCAGAAACUAACGCCUCAAAACAAGUUAUCCUCUCUCAUACGUUCCUUCCUCAACAUCUUCACGUUCCCCACCAUGAUCCCCACAUGCAAGUGGCUCACCAUCCCCUCCCACCUCUCCAUCACCCCCUCUCUCGGCCGGAAAGUCACCGGAACCCUCUUCGGCCACCGUCGCGGCCACAUCUCCUUCGCCGUGCAGCUCCACCCCCGCGCCGAGCCCCUCCUCCUCGUGGAACUCGCCAUGUCCACCUCCUCCCUCGUCAAGGAGAUGUCCUCUGGUCUCGUGCGUCUCGCGCUCGAGUGCCAGAAAGCGUCGUCGUUUUCGGCCGCCGCUAACGGUGGUCGGCAGCACCACAAGAGACUCUUUCAGGAGCCUUCCUGGACCAUGUACUGCAACGGCAGGAACUGCGGCUAUGCAGUGUCCCGCACGUGCGGGGACCUCGACUGGCACGUGCUGACCACCGUCCAGAGCGUCUCCGUCGGCGCCGGCGUGAUCCCCCUUCUGGAGGACGGAAAAAGUGGCGGCGGCGGCGGGUCGGAGGGCGAGUUGAUGUACAUGAGGGCACGGUUUGAACGAGUCGUGGGGAGUCGUGACUCGGAGGCGUUUUACAUGUUGAAUCCUGAUGGUAAUGGAGGACCUGAACUUAGUAUUUUUCUAUUGAGAAUAUGAUGUGAAGAUUGUUGACAAAAAAAAAAAAAACAGAGAGAAUUGUCAUAAGACUUUGUUGUUUGAAAUAGUUUUAAGGAAACAAAAUUAGGGAUUCGGAUUAAGAUAUUGAUGUAUUGUUUAGGUUGAUCUCA